AUGUCUAAACAUAUAAAGAAGAUGUCUAAACAUAUAAAGAAGAUGAACGUUAAAGCAAGCAAAGUCCUGCGUUCUCUUCCUUGCUUGACGGAGCUCAAACACCUUAUGAAGGAAUUGGGCUACUCGCUCUUCAGUUUGUCCCCUUUCGGUGUGGUUGACAGUUGCCACCAGCAGCAACGCAUACUGUAUUCGCAGGGUUUGUUUGGAGCAACGCAGCCCUCUCAGACCGGAGGCCUUUUCGGAACUGCUGCAAAUACGAAUACCGCGACUGCCUUUGGAACUGGAACAGGCCUCUUCGGACAAGCCAACACAGGAUUUGGCGUUGGUGGCUCGUCCCUUUUUAGCAACAAGCCUGCUGGAUUUGGAUCCACAACCACCAGCGCGCCCUCAUUCGGAACGACGACUGGCAGCCUUUUCGGCUAUUCCUACGGCGCCAUCAACCCCAUCCACCAGCACCAGCAGGCCGGCUGGCACUCGCAGCGGGCGCGCCAGGAGGAAGCCGCCGCCGCCGGGCUCCUCUCGCAGACGCACCGCAAAGGAGACGGCAAGCGGCGGGAGGUCAACGGGGAAAGCAGCGCCUGCACAGCCCGCCCACCCGGCUCCCUUCCGCGGUUCCCCGAGGGCGCCCAGUCUGCAGGAGAAGCGCUCGGCGCGCCUCUAGGCAGACGCAGCUUCGGGGCCCUGCAGCAUUUCGGGACAGCCCCCCCCCGGACUGGCUGGAAAGAAAAGGGGGCUCCAGAGCGCAGCCGGCCCCGAGGGAGACGCAGCUCCUUUUCCUGCUUGGAAACAAACUUUACUUUUGGCGGGGCUGCGGCGGGGGGGGGCACCUCAAACCCAGAAGGCGCACCGGCAGACCGAGUUUGGGAUGCCCUUAACGCCGGGCAGACUUCCUUAUUUGGGAGCACCCAGCCCAAACUUGGAGGCACUCUGGGGACAGGCACUUUUGGAGCCACUGGAUUUAACACAGCCACUGCAGGACUUGGCUUCGGAGCUCCUCAGCCUGCUGUGGCUCUGACAGACCCGAACGCGUCAGCAGCCCAGCAAGCCAUUCUUCAGCAGUACCUCAACAGCCUGACUUACUCCCCUUACGGGGAUUCUCCACUCUUCAGAAAUCCCAUGUCUGAUCCAAAGAAGAAGGAAGAGAGACUGAAGCCGACCAAUCCCAUGGCCCAGAAGGCGCUGACCACGCCCACUCACUACAAGCUGACCCUUCGCCCUGCGAAGAGGUUGCGGCCGAAAGCUUUGCAGACGACGGGGUCCUCCAAGUCUCACCUCUUUGAUCCCCUGGACGACGACGAGCCAGCCCUGUUCAAUGGGGCUUUCAUACCCAAGAAGAGAAUCAAGAAACUGGUUCUGAAGAACAUCAGCAGUCUGUUUUCUCCGGUCAGCGGUGAAGCCGAAGACCUCGCCUCUCCCUCUGAGUAUCCAGAAAAUGGGGAACGAUUCCACUUCCUCUCCAGCUCCAUCCAUGAGAACCACCGGCCGGCCGGAGAGCAGGACGAGGAAGACGAUCGCCAUGAGGUGACCAGCUUCUACACCGACCCCAUCGCGAAGCCUGUCCCUCAGACCCCGGAGAGCCUCCUGCACAAGCACCAGAACCAUGUGGACGACACCAUCAUGGCCCUGAACAUGCGAGCGGCCCUGCGGAACAGGCUGGAAGGCAGCAGCGAAGACGCCUCCUUCCACGAGGACUCCCUGCAGGAGGACCGGGAGAAGGAGACCGAGAACACGCACCAGGUGCACCCCGCAGGGAUUUGCUUAACCCGAUGGGGCUACUACACAAUUCCAUCGAUGGAGGAGUUGGCCAGAAUGACCAGCGACAAGGGAGAGUGUGUGGUGACGAACUUCACCAUAGGCCGUAAAGGCUACGGCUCCAUCUACUUCGAAGGAGAAGUCAGUCUAACUAAUCUGGACCUCGACGAGAUCGUGCACAUCUGCAGGAAAGAGGUGAUCGUCUACCCUAACGAUGACCUAAAGCCGCCCAUCGGGGAAGGCCUCAACAGGCGAGCUGAAGUCACGUUGGAUUGCGUUUGGCCGACCGACAAAACCUCCCGAGCCUUGAUCAAGAGCCCCGAGCGCCUGAUGGAGAUGAACUACGAGGGCAGGCUGGAGGCCGUCUCUCGGAAGCAGGGUGCCCGGUUCUUGGAGUACCGCCCAGAGACAGGCUCAUGGGUAUUCAAGGUUCGGCAUUUCUCCAAAUACGGCCUGCAGGAUUCCGACGAAGAGGAGGAAGAGCCCCUGUCCAAAGUGGAGGCGAAGAAGCUUAAAACAGCCCAGGCCCCCUUGCUGGGCCAGUCCCAGCAAGGGGCCCUGAACAGGAAGCCAGCGCCCUCCUCCCAGGUAGAGAAGAAGCGAGGGGACAUCCUGCCCUACAGUGACCCCACCGUGGUCUUCUUGUUCCUGGCCACCUUUGCCGUGGCCACCAUCUCCCAGUGCUUCCUCAUCAGCACCUUCUUCUCGCGUGCCAACCUGGCCUCAGCUUGUGGAGGCAUCAUCUACUUCUCCUUCUACCUGCCUUACGUGUUGUGUGUGGCUUGGCGCGACCACAUUACUUUUCCUCUGCGGCUCUUGGUGAGCAUCAUGUCCCCAGUGGCGUUUGGCUUCGGCUGCGAGUACUUCUCCCUCUACGAAGAGCAAGGGAUAGGUGUUCAGUGGCACAACCUCCACUCCAGCCCCGUGGAAGGAGAUCGUUACACGUUUGCCACGUCUAUGGGGCUGCUUCUCUUCGAUGCACUGCUCUAUGGCCUGGCCACAUGGUACAUUGAGGGCGUGUUCCCAGCACUGGUGGAGGAGCCUCCUGCCCACGUACAGGUGGGCGUCUCCAUCCGCAACCUGGUGAAGAUCUACCACAGCAGCAAGAAGAUUGCUGUCAGCGGCCUCAGCCUUGACUUCUACGAGGGCCAGAUCACUUCCUUCUUGGGCCACAACGGCGCCGGCAAGACCACCACCAUGUCCAUCCUGACCGGCCUGCUGACCCCCAGUUCUGGCACCGCCUAUAUCUUGGGGAGGGACAUCUGCUCAGAAAUGGACACCAUCCGGAAGACGUUGGGGAUGUGCCCUCAACACAACGUCCUCUUCGACAUCCUGACUGUGGAAGAACACAUUUGGUUUUAUGGACGUCUGAAGGGCCUCUCUGAAAAGCAAGUCCAGGAGGAGAUGGACCAGAUAAUACAGGACGUGGGGCUGCCCCACAAGCGGUGGGAACAGACCAAGAAUUUAUCAGGUGGGAUGGAACGGAAGCUCUCCGUAGCCAUUGCCUUUGUGGGUGGCUCCAAGGUGGUGAUAUUGGACGAGCCCACAGCCGGCGUUGACCCAGGGCCAUCACUGUGUGCUCUCGGAGACCCCCGACUCCUGGGCCAGUUUGCCGUGGUCAAGCACUGGUGCUUGGUGUGGACCUUGUGUGGGGCACUCUGGGAGCAACUGAAGGAGCUGGAGGCCCGCCUGGAGGAGCCCAGCGAGUACAUUGUGGCCCUGGAGCGCCGGAAGGCCUUCUCCCAGUGGCUCUCGCAGACGGCGGCCGAGCGUAUCGAGGACGAGGUCUCUCUCAGCCAGCACCACAGCCCUGCCGAGGCGGUCUUCAGCUACUUCACUGGGAAGAGGAUCGGCGAAGCCUGCGGGCUGGCUCAGCAGUCUGGGGACCACAGGCUGGCGCUGCUCCUCUUCCAGCUGGUGGGUAGCCAGGAGGUCCGGGAGCUCAUGGCCAUGCAGUUAGCGGACUGGCACCAUCUGCAGGCGGACUGCUUCAUCCAGGACGAGAGGCUGCGCAUCUUUGCCCUGCUAGCUGGCAAGCCGGUGUGGCGUCUGUCAGAGAAGAGGAGCAUCAAUGUCUGUUCCCAGCUGGACUGGAAGCGCACCGUUGGCGUCCACCUCUGGUACCUGCUUCCCUCCACGGCGCCGCUGUCCCAGGCCCUGAGCAUGUACGAAGCUGUGUUCCAGGACUCCUCUGCGUGUGAGAAGUACACUUGCUCUCCGUUGCCGCCGUAUCUGGAAGGCUCAGGCUGCGUGAUCGAGGAAGGCGAUUCACAGCGCUCCGUGCAGGAUGUGUGUUUUCACCUCUUAAAACUGUACAGUGACAGGUGCUAUGAUCUCCACCAGCUGCUGGAUCCUCAGAGCAUCACUGCCAACCCCUUGGACUACCACCUCAGCUGGCACCUCUGGGAAGUGCUGCGUGCCUUAAAUUACACCCACCUGUCGGAGCAGUGCCAGGGAGUGCUGAACGCCAGCUACGCAGCCCAGCUCGAGAGGGAGGGGCUGUGGGAGUGGGCGGUCUUUGUGCUCCUUCACAUGCCCAGCGCACACGUCCGCGAGAGGGCGGUGCGUGAGCUCUUGAGCCGUCACUGUGUGCUCUCGGAGACCCCCGACUCCUGGGCCAAGGAGGGUUUCCUCAUGGAAUGGCUGUGCGUGCCCCCAGAGUGGAUUUACGAAGCCAAGGCCGUGAGGGCCAAGGUGCAGGGGGACAAGCACAAGGAGGCCCUGUUCUUGUCCAGAGCUGGGCACUGGAACCAGUGUCACCGGCUGGUUGUCAGGCAUUUGGCAGCAGAUGCCAUUAUCAACGAAAAGUACACCUACCUGAAGGGGUUCUUGGAAGACAUGGCCACCCCGGAGCACAGCCCGCUGAUCCAGGACUGGGAGAUGGAAGGGCUGGUCUUCUCGGACUACAUCCUGGUCAUCGAGGCCCUCGGCAGGAUUCAGCAGCUGGAUUGUUCCGGAUACGAGCUGGAGGACUUACACACCCGAGUGACGUCCCUCUGCAACAGGAUCGAGCAGGUGCCCUGCCACAGCGCCAAGGACAGGUUGGCGCAGUCCGAAAUGGCCAAGAGCAUCGGCAACAUCUUGCGCGUGGUGCUGAGCUUGCAGCACCCCCCCCGGACUCUGCCUCCGACGUAGAGAGUGCCCUCGCGCUUGCUGGCCCCCCACGUCGGCCGGCUGCCCCUGCCCGAGGACGACGCCUUGGAAGAGCUCCGCGGCCUGCCGCAGUCCUCCCUGCGGGCCUCGCCUGUGACCCAGCGAGGCCAGCCUGCCUCUGGACGUGGGCGGGACCGAGCCUUGCUUCUCCCCGGGGCGGGGCCCCAGUUGGAGGGCUUGAACGUUCAGUCGCCUGCCUGCCGCCCCGGGCUUCUUCCCCGCCCCCGGACGCCCUGCGGCUGCCUCCCGGCUGGCUCGUGGCCACGACCUUGGAGCGCCCGGAUCUGUUCUCGAGCCCCUCGCCGUGUGCUUUUUGGAGCGUCAGUGAAGCCUCUGCUGCCUGCCGGGGAAGCCAGCCAGCCAGCCAGCCAGCCAGGGGCUGGGGCGCUUCUCAAGCCUGCGACGCCAGAAUCUCUGCAGCGACGGCGGAGGCAGCUCGAGCAGCCCUCUCGGCAGCGCCUUCCUCGGAGGGCUUCUUUUUGGCCCGAGGGGAGUCUGGGACGGGUCUGGGAUUGCCGAGCGUCUCCAGCGUGCAGGGGCCUCUACCGCGGGGCAAGCCGCGCCGUGCGCUCCUUGCAAAGGACCUCUCCUCCGAGGGCCGCGAGCUUCAGCAGAAGAUGCGGCCCAUCUCGCCGUUCAGUGGGCGCAGAGGCCUUUUCUCCGAAGGGGGCCGGGGAGCUCGGGCUGCUGAGAAGAGGGAGGUGGGGGCUGGAGCGUGGCCCCUUCCCUUCCUCGUGA